AUGGAUGAAGUCCCACUAUUCAGAGCGCCCAAGCGGCGGAAGGUCGACCCAACAGCCACGACGCGUGGUCGGACCGUAUCGCCUGGACCCGAGACUGGUGACGGAAACGACGACGAUGGGCCGCAAAUGCUCACCUUGCGGCGGCCGGCCAGACCAGGCAAGACAGGCGUACUGUUCACAAGCGCCAAGGCUGGCCCCUCAGAUCGAUCCGCCGACAUGACAGUGAUGAAAGCCGCAGCACCAGAGCAACACCUGGAGGACAUUGCAGGCCGCUUUGUUGGUUCUGCUGGGCACAGGAUCGACGUUGAUCAUCAUAUGUUGGCAUACAUAGAUUCUGAAAUGGCGAAACGUCGUCAAGUACAACACAGUAGUACAAGGCUGUCUGAAAACGAGUCUUCCUCGGAAUCCUCGGCAUCUGCGAGCCCAGAGCAUGACCCUGCAGAGGCGAAUGUUCCACCACCACCAAUAGCAGCGCCUUCACCCUCCGUCAUCCCAUCACGUCCACAACACCAGCUCUCCGAAGUACCACUGCCACCGCGAGAGCCAACCCCGCCACCAGCGCCUAAGCGAACACGCAAGCCACGCCUCGACCGUCACGGCCGACCCAUGCGCCCACGACGAGGCCCCAAACGCCGCCCCUCGGAGGAGAUCGCACGCGACGCCCUGGUCGAAGCCGUCCUGCACGAGCACAAGCUCGAUCACUACCAGCCUGGACCAAAUACUAACGACAAGCCAUCAUCGGGCUCCGGAGGCGAUGUGACGGUAAAGCAGAAAGCAGACGACGAGGCUUUCGCGGCACAAUUCCAGCAGGAUUUCGAGGAUCGCAUGGCAGAGCGGCGGCGGAGGAAGGACCCGCUGCCGCAGACUGCUGCCGCCGUGAAGUCUGGAGGUGCAAAGGCUGCAGCGGCAGAAGAGCAGAAGUCGUCGGGCCCGAGAUUGGGUGGUAGCAGAAAUGCGAGGAUCAAGAUGGCGAAGGAGCGGGAGAAGGACAAGGUAUCUGGAACCUGA